UAGUAACAUUCCAAUAUGUUCUUAGUUGUUUCAGACAGCAGUGAAUCUGAAGAAACUCCGCCAUCUUCUCCUAGAGGAAGUAAAACACCGCGUGUCAGCAAUACUCCUAAUCCAGAUGAUGAGAAGUCAGUCAAAAUUAACAUGCAACCAAAAAGACAAAAAACCAAUUCUGUUUCCAUAACCUACAAGGAUCAUGAAGGUGCUGAAUUACCAAAAGAAAUACUUAAUGAGUUGACACUUUUCCAAAGGAAACAGAAGAAGGGUACUAUUGAUGUGUGGUGGUUAUACGAUGACGGAGGACUGACAUUGCUUCUUCCAUACAUCAUCAGCACUCGACAACAUUGGUCAUCCUGCAAACUCCGUGUCUUUGCACUCGCUAACAAGAAAGACGAAUUGGAAUUCGAGCAACGGAAUAUGGCGAGUUUAUUAGCAAAAUUUCGAAUUGAUUAUUCCGAUCUGAAGAUGAUACCCAACAUAAUUAAAAAGCCUCAAGAAGAAACUCAAAACUUCUACAAUUCUCUCAUCAAGGACCUAAUUGUAUCAGAUGAAUGCAAUCAGGAAAAAGAGAACAGACUGACUAUCUCUGAAUCUGAGCUUUUGGCUAUGAAAGACAAGACAACGAGGCAUUUACGGUUAAGAGAACUUCUGCUAGAGCAGUCAAUGGAAUCAAAUCUUAUCGUAAUGUAAGUGUUUACUAAUUUUUC